UCGAGGCGCGCGAAAGGCAACCUGGGAAGAGUAGUUCGUCCGGGCACCUACCGGUAUCGCCAGCGCGGCAGAAGCUGUUCUGGCGGCUGGAGCCCGGGGUCGUGUAAGGGUGAGCGGAGAGGAGAAAGGGCGCGAAGGGAAACGGUGAGUCAGGCGCGGGCUACGCGAUAAAGGGAGGCGGCACCGCGGCGAAGGCCGGGUGGAGUCAUUGCGGCCGCGAGCGUAGUCUGUUCUGGGACGCCUCUGCGUCGGCGUCGGCGAGGGAGGCGUGAAGAGGAGCCGGGCGUCUGCAGCCGUUCUCGCCCUCGGCGCCCCGCCGCCAUCUCCACCAUGCAGUCCCGGGAAGACGCCCCGCGCUCUCGCCGCCUCGCCAGCCCCCGCGGCGGGAGGCGGCCCAAGAGGAUCUCCAAGCCCUCGGUGUCGGCCUUCUUCACGGGCCCGGAGGAGUUAAAGGACACGGCCCAUUCCGCAGCCCUCCUGGCCCAGCUCAAGUCUUUCUACGACGCGCGGCUGCUGUGCGAUGUGACCAUCGAGGUGGUGACGCCCGGCAGCGGGCCUGGCACGGGGCGCCUCUUCUCGUGCAACCGCAACGUGCUGGCGGCGGCGUGCCCCUACUUCAAGAGCAUGUUCACGGGCGGCAUGUACGAGAGCCAGCAGGCCAGCGUGACCAUUCACGAUGUGGACGCCGAGUCCUUCGAGGUCUUGGUCGACUACUGCUACACCGGUCGCGUGUCCCUCAGCGAGGCCAACGUGCAGCGCCUGUACGCGGCCUCAGAUAUGCUCCAGCUGGAGUACGUGCGCGAAGCGUGUGCUUCCUUCCUGGCUCGGCGCCUUGACCUGACCAACUGCACUGCCAUCCUCAAGUUUGCAGAUGCCUUUGACCAUCACAAGCUGCGCUCCCAGGCCCAGUCCUUUAUCGCUCACAACUUCAAGCAGCUCAGCAGGAUGGGUUCCAUUCGGGAGGAGACGCUGGCAGAUCUGACCCUGGCGCAGCUGCUGGCCGUCCUGCGUCUGGAUUGUCUGGAUGUGGAGAGUGAGAAGACAGUGUGCCAUGUGGCCGUGCAGUGGCUCGAGGCUGCACCCAAAGAGCGGGGCCCCAGCGCUGCAGAAGUCUUCAAGUGUGUUCGUUGGGCACACUUCCCCGCUGAAGAUCAGGACUACCUGGGAGGGCUACUGACCAAGCCUAUUGUGAAGAAGUACUGCCUGGACAUUGUUGAAGGGGCCCUCCUGCAGCUGCGUUUUGGUGAUCGGUUGUACAAGUCAGUGGUAUCCAAGCCAAAUAGCAGCAGCAGCAGCAGCAGCAGCCACAGCAGCAGCAGCAGCAGCAGCAGCAGCAGCAAUAGUAGCAGUAGCUCUGUUGUAUCUGUAGCAGAAAAUCCACCCCAAAGGUUGGGCAUGUGUGCCAAAGAGAUGGUAAUCUUUUUCGGACACCCCAGAGAUCCUUUUCUCUGCUAUGACCCUUAUUCAGGAGAUAUUUACACAAUGCCAUCUCCUUUGACCAGCUUGGCACACACCAAGACCAUUACCUCCUCAGCUGUUUGUGUCUCUCCAGACCAUGACAUCUAUCUUGCUGCCCAGCCCAGGAAAGACCUAUGGGUGUAUAAACCAGCCCAAAAUAGUUGGCAUCAACUGGCAGACCGCUUGCUGUGUCGGGAGGGCAUGGAUGUGGCAUACCUGAAUGGCUACAUCUACAUUUUGGGUGGGCGAGACCCAAUUACUGGAGUUAAACUGAAGGAAGUGGAAUGCUACAGUGUUCAGAGGAACCAGUGGGCAUUGGUGGCGCCUGUACCCCAUUCCUUUUAUUCCUUUGAACUAAUAGUGGUUCAGAACUAUCUUUACGCUGUCAACAGUAAGCGCAUGCUCUGCUAUGAUCCUAGCCAUAAUAUGUGGCUGAAUUGUGCAUCUCUUAAACGAAGUGACUUUCAGGAAGCCUGUGUCUUCAAAGAUGAAAUCUAUUGUAUUUGUGACAUCCCAGUCAUGAAGGUCUACAACCCAGCUAGAGGAGAAUGGAGGCGGAUUAGUAAUAUUCCAUUGGACUCAGAAACCCACAACUACCAGAUCGUCAAUCAUGACCAAAAGUUGCUGCUCAUCACUUCUACGACCCCACAGUGGAAAAAGAACCGUGUGACAGUAUAUGAAUAUGACACUAGGGAAGACCAAUGGAUUAAUAUUGGUACCAUGUUAGGCCUUUUGCAGUUUGACUCUGGCUUUAUUUGCUUGUGUGCUCGAGUUUAUCCUUCCUGUCUUGAACCUGGUCAGAGCUUCAUCACUGAGGAAGAUGAUGCAAGGAGUGAGUCUAGCACCGAGUGGGACUUAGAUGGAUUCAGUGAACUGGACUCUGAGUCAGGAAGUUCAAGUUCGUUUUCUGACGAUGAAGUCUGGGUUCAGGUUGCACCUCAGCGCAAUGCACCAGAUCAGCAGGGUUCUUUGUAAAUAUUUUGAGACAGUAAGCUGUUUCUACUGUAUGGAAUGUAUCUUAAAGUGAUGUCCUUUUUCCUGAAAAAGACAAAGUUGAUUAGGACUGGAGAUUUGGUUUAGAAAGGGUAGCAAUUUGAAAUAUUAAUACAAUAUACAACAUUUAUACAUUUGACCUGAAAUCUACUUAUUUCGAUAAUUUACUGUGCUGAAAGUCCAUGAUUAAAAUAUGCGUAGUGAGCUGUGUAAUGGAUUUUGUUGCUGUUAAUUAGUAUGUUUAUAUUUUGAUUUUCCUAAUUUAGUUAAAUUUUGCCUGGUGGUUCAAGAUCUUAACUUGUAAUUUAUUACUAGGAAAACUAGACUGAGAAUUUUUGGAUUUUGAAGGCGUUUAAGUAAAUUUUUAGUAUCCUCAGCUAUAGUUGUUAAAAUUUAGUAUGCUCUCCUUUCUGCAAAGAAAGAAAUACUAAGGUUACUAAAUAGUGAUUUCAUGUUGAUAAUGUGUUCAGUGGGCUUACACAGUCACAGAAAAUUUUAAAAAUCAGGAUUCCACUGUUUUCAUAGAAUUUCAGUUUUUACUUUAAAAUAUUUCCUACCUAGUAGUGUCAUCAAUUUAAGCACCCUUCUAAACCAAAAAAUGAACAAGGUAACUUGCUUUAUAAAGUCACAGUUUUGAUCUGUACUUGUUAAAUGCUUUGUUGACUCAGAGGAACAAUCCUUUUCUUCACUGGACAUGAUUAAAUAAUGUAAAUUUUUCUUCAUUGGUCAUGCACUGUCUUAAAAAGUUUGUUUGCUUCCCUAAAAUAUUUUGGCUAUAUAAUUUUAGUAUUCAUCUUAGAGGUUUUAUCAGCAGAAAGUGAUUUAUUCUUUAAUGUUUGUGAAGUAAUAUUGGUUUUGAAAAUAUGUAUAAGCUAAAAGGCAGUAUUUUAUUGAGAUCAGUAGUUAAACACUAUAAUUUUAUCAACUCAAGUUAAGUGCCAGCAAAGAACUUUAAAACUUCAAGCUGUGUAUAGAACUGUUUUGUGUAAUAUUGAAAUAUUGUCCAUUUUUUAAGUUACUGUAAAUGUUCUUGAUUUUCAGCUUGAAGAUAUUUUUGUAUUAAAAGUUAAGAGUUUAAGAACUUAAGUGGAUGGUGGGUGGCAUUUGGGGCCAGUAGUUAAAGUGUAUUUCUUCAAUUUUUUCCCUAAACAGUGGUAUACAUGACCAUUUUAUUAUGGUGUCUGUAUCUAGUUUGUAUUUCUCUGUGAGCUGUACUGCAGUUUCUGUUUCAGUCACCAUAUGUAAGGGAAAGUCCAGAAAUAGUAAACCACAUAAAACUGGCAUUGUUACAUUAUAGGUGCUUACCUUUUGAAGGCUUAUUAAUACAUAUGGUUGUCAUAAUACAUAUACAUGACAAAUGGUGUACAUGUACAAAUGUUUUAUGCUAUAUAAAGUUUUCUAUACUCUUUUAGAAUUAUAUUCCUGAAUGUUCAGUAACAUACAAAUUUCGCUUUGUUCUCUAGUGACAAAAUGCUAAUGGUUCUUACACUCUGGGUAGAGGACAAGAAGAAUCUGGUCCAGGAUGGGGAAGUGAUUUUUUUUUUUUUGAAUGAAAAAUAAAAUGACAAAAGCAAAACAAAACAAAAGGCCACAGAUAAUGUACUAUUCAUCAUUUUGAUUGUGUGAAGAGUCUGUAAAACACUCAGCUCAACAGUAUUUCUGUGGAAGUGAGCUUCCUGACUCUUCAAAGUGUAGUUAGGCAUUAGUAGCCUAAGUCUACAUUCUGCUCCAUCUGUAUUGGGAAUGUUCUAAGAACUACUCUUUACUUAGAAAGCUGUUUUUCCCAGUGUGGGGCCAACUUUUUCUUCCCCAGGAACUUCUGUUGAUAGCUUUUGAUUUGUAAGGUGGAAACUUGGUAAUACUUAUCUCAACCAGAUUAUUCAUCUGCACAAUUAAGAUCUGCAAUUGAUGUAUAGAAGGCAGAUUCUCAAAUUCGUCAUUCUCAACUCUUGAGUUAAAGCUUAGGCUAAAAAUUAGUAAUAUCUUGGCUUACAGUCACAUUUUCUUGGGAAGGAUUUUGAUUUUGUGAAACAUUUGUAAAUUAGGGAAUAGAUGCUAUUAUUUUAUAGAUAAAUGAUUUGUAUGUUGCUAGUUACAAAUAAAGCUGGUUUUAAACCGCA